AUGGCUCCGGUGGCUGCCGACCCGACCCUGCCUCCCGGAGACGUCUGCUGCUACAAUCAGCGCAUCACCGCGCUGACGCGCAAGGGGCAUUGGAGUCGGGCUCUGUUGACACUCGACCACAUGGCGGCAGACCAGGUCGAGUCGACCGUGGUCAGCUUCAGCGCCGGGAUCCAGGCGUGUUCGCGCAGUGCCUCCUGGGGGCUCGGCCUCAUCCUCCUCCGACAGAUGGCAGUUGCCAGGACGACGCCGAAUGUCGUGAGCUUCUCCUCAGCUCUGAGUGGUCUGGUGGAAGACACAGAGUGGGAGAAAGCCUUUGAUGUGUUCGCGGGCAUGCGCCCGGACGCCACGCUUCCCAACACGGUCAGCUACAAUGCUACCAUCACCGCCUGCGCCGAGGCUGGGGAGCUUUGGCGGGAGGCUUUGGACCAGUUCUCCGCAAUGAGGACGGUGGAGGUGAAAGCAGACGCGAUCAGCUUCAAUGCGGCGAUGUGCAACUUGGGGAGAGCCGGCUGCUGGCAAGAUGCUCUUCAGGUGUGUUCCUGCAUGCCCGCCGUUCGACUCUCCGUUGACGAAAUAAGUUGCAAUGCGAGCAUCAGUGCCUGUGACAGCGAGGGACGGUGGCAAGUCUCCCUGUCGCUGCUCUCAUCCAUGCCUGCGAUUCGCCUGGUAUGCAAUGAGAUCAGCUGCGGUUCUGCCCUGAGUUCUCUUGCAUCGGCUGGCGAGUGGCAGCGUGCUCUGCAGUUGCUCUUCGACAUGGAGGCCAUGGAGAUUCCCCCGAGCCUGGUGGCCUACAACUCCAGCAUCCACGCUUGCGAGAGGCAGGGGGCCUGGCUGCUGGCGCUUUGGCUCUUGGAAGAUGUCGCUUUCGCCAGGCUCUCGCCGGAUGUUGUCACGUACAAUGGCGCCAUCAGCGCUUGCGAGAAGGGUGGAGCUUGGCCUCAUUCAUUGGGACUUCUCGCAGACAUCGCCAGGAUCAGUCAUCAACCAACUGUUGUCAGCUUCAGCGCUGCCAUCUCUGCUUGUGAGGAAGCAGCGAACUGGACGUUGGCGGUCCAACUGUUACGGGAGAUGCUCGCUGCAGUCGUUGCCCCAAACAUUAUCAGCUUCAGUGGCGCCAUCAGUGCCUGCGAGAAGUCUGGUCGCUGGGAAGUUGUUCUUAACCUCCUCUCUGUCAUGCAUGCUACAAGAAUUCGAGCAGACAGCAUCAGCUUCAGCGCAGCCAUCAGCUCUUGUGAGAAGGCGGGGCAGUGGAAGACGGCUUUGAACCUCUUCGAACUUCUUGAAGCCGCCAACCUGGAGCCCACCAACAUCACCGCCAGCGCCAUGCUCCGCGCCACUGCUCUUGGGCCCUGGCAGGUCUCCCUUCGUCUCCUCUCGCUCUUCUCUUCCCGCCCUGGUCAGUUGCUCGGCGCGGGAGACUUCGCCGAGGCCGCGAAGAGCUGCGAGCACUUUGGGCGCUUCCUCGCGGUCACCGAGUUGCUGCCGGAAAUGCAGCGACGGGCCGUCCACGGACUGCAGCAAAGGGUUUAG